AUGAGGUCGUUUGUACAGAGUCAUGAGCAUCUAUCUAUCUAUUUAAUUAGUUCAUUAUCUAUCUAUCUAUCUAUCUAUCUUAUUCAAAAUCUAUCUAUCUAUCUAUCUUUCAUUCAUUCAUUCUAUCUAUCUAUCUAUCUAUCUAUCUAUCUAUCUAUCUAUCUAUUAUUCUUCAUUAUCUAUCUAUCUAUCUCUCAUUUGGUUCAUGUUCAUUAUCUAUAUUCUAUCUCUAUCUUCUAUCUAUCUUUCAUUCAGUUCAUUAUCUAUCUAUCUAUUUAUCUAUCUUCAUUAUCUAUCUAUCUCUCAUUUGGUUCAUUAUCUAUCUUUCAUUCAGUUCAUUAUCUAUCUAUCUAUCUAUCUAUCUAUCUAUCUAUCUAUCUUUCAUUCAGUUCAUUAUCUAUCUAUCUAUCUAUCUAUUAUUCAAUUCAUUAUCUAUCUAUUUAUCUUGCUAUCUCUCAUUUGGUUCAUUAUCUAUCUUUCAUUCAGUAUAUCUAUCUAUCUAUCUAUCUAUCUUCUAUCUAUCUUUCAUUCAGUUCAUUAUCUCUAUCUAUCUAUCUAUUAUUCAAUUCAUUAUCUAUCUAUUUAUCUUGCUAUCUCUCAUUUGGUUCUUCUAUCUUUCAUUCAGAUUAUCUAAUAUGUAUCUAUCUAUCUUUCAUUCAGUUCAUUAUCUAUCUAUCUUUUUAUCUAUCUAUCUAUCUAUCUAUAUUAUUCAUACUAUCUAUUUAUCUUGCUAUCUCUCAUUUGGUUCAAAUGCAUUAUCUAUCUAUCUAUAAUCGCUAUCUAUCUAUCUAUCUAUAA